AUGAAAUUCUUCGCAAGCUACCAGGGAAGUUUCUCUGUAGAUUCAGAGUAUGAUGAUUCAUCAGCAUCACCAUCACGUAAGAAGGAAACUCGUCACCCCUUCAGUUUUCUUAAAACCGUUUAUAGUAAGAUUUUGGGUUCUUGUAAUGGAUUGGUUUGCUUAGGUUAUCAUACCCUUGAUUCUGGCCCUUUAUAUUGCCUUUGGAAUCCGUAUACGGAAGAAUACAAAUUAAUACCAAAAACAACAAAACCAACAGCACUAGCUCGAUAUCUAACGCGAAAGGUUUCGCAUGGAUUUGGCUACGAUGUAAUGACUAAUGACUACAAGUUUGUGGCUAUUACGAAAUCAAAUCUCCCUGGAUCAAGAGUUGAUAUAUAUUCAUUGGGAUCCAAUUUAUGGAGUAAACUAUUAUAUAUCCCUUUUGAGCUUCAUACUUAUGCAGCACCAGGGGUAUUCUUUAAUGGAUCUCUUCACUGGUUCGCAUACUCUGGAGUUCUAAUUGCUUUGAAUAUUGGAGAUGGGUCUGUCCUAGAAAUCUCACAACCGGAAAGUCUGGACGUUAAUGAUAAAUAUGUGGAUGUGUUGGGUGGUUGUCUUGGUAUGCUUGGCAGUACCAAAACGGAUGAUUUUGAAGAUGAUGAAGGAUUAUGGAGUGAGGGAAUCUUGGGUAAAGAUGCAUAA